AUGUCUGAGGAGGACAAGAUGAACACUCCCAAGCCCUUGGCUGCCCUUAACUCCCCCAACAGCCCCCGAGCUGAGUCGCCAACUACCGCGCGCCCGAUGGACUUUGACGACGAGCCCCAAGAGAGUGGAGUUGUUACUUCCUCCCCUGUGGCUGCGCAGCCAGUUGCCCAGCCAGCUGCCGCCGAGGCAGCCCCGCCAAAGCCGCCCCGGCCCCUGAACCCGAGAGAACAGUCAGAGAACACCCUUAGGGAGGCAUUCCCAAGCAUCGAACCCGGUGUUGUCAAGGCCGUCUUGACCGCAAGCAAUUGGAAUGUCGAACGGGCCUUCAAUGCUCUCCUAGGUAUGACCGACCCCAAGGCCCAAGAGGAAAUGACACCGCCGCCAAAGCCGCCGCGCCCAACCCAGCAGAGCACUGCUGCACAGCGACAACUGGAAGCCGAUGAGAUGUAUGCGCGUCAACUAUCCGAGCACUACAAUGCGGCAGGACGUCGCGCCCCGCCCCCGAACUGGGAGAGUGACCCCCGGUACCAGCGACCUAGAGGAAGCGAGGAUUCGGAUGAGAGAGAAUACAGCUUCUUUGAUGAUGAUCUACCCGUGAUCCGCGAGAAUCUCCGCAAGGGCUUCCUGGAGACACAGAGUAAGGUUAACUCGUGGGUAACAAACCUGAAGAAGAGAAUCGAUGGAGAUGAUUUGGACGAGGAACCUAUCCAGAAUCAAAGAGAGACUCCAGCCAAUGCCCGUCCCCGACGGAGUGGUGAUAUGGGCCGUCGCAGUGGAGAUCGUGAGCGCUACGACGCAGAUCCCCAAGUUCUCAGCGAUGAUUUCUCUGCUCUUGAGUUGAGGGAUGGCGAAGGCCAGUCCAGCUUUAAACAUUCUGCGUCUCCUUCGCCAGACCGGCGCAGGGUGUCCUUCCAGGAUGGACCGCCCACCGAGAUUGACAACCUUUACGAUUCCUCCACACCAUCCAAGCGUCUCAGCUCAACGGGCAGCAAGGCGAGCAAAUGGCAACCAUUGUCCAGCGUCGCGCCUUCGCCCGUCGCGGAGAACGACCCAUUUAGCCUCGGCGAUAGCGAUGACGAGAAGGAAACUAAGACUAAGGAGCAGACCACUGGCUCAGAGGGCGAUCAACUCAAGCAUGCCACUGUCGAGUCCGUGUCAGAACCAGUUAGUUCCAACCAGGAGACCAAGGGCGCGAUUAAGCCCGACGAGUUAAAAUAA